AUGGCUGACCAAAACGGCGUAAAACCUCCGAGUUUACCGGAAAUUAAUGACGAAACAACCAAGCAAGGCAUCGACGAAGUAAAGAGCCAAGUAAGUACGAAGAGUACACGGUAUUUAAAGCUUAAAAAUAGGAAGAAAGCUGCAAAAGCUAGACUGACAAAAGCACGAAAUCAAGCAGCCAUGUUGACCACAGACACCCAAGUACCAAGACCGAAAUUAGACGUGCUAUAAAGAAAGUAAAGGCUGAGAGUGCUAUAAUUGAAAAGAUUAUUUAUGCUUUGAAAGAAACUGUUGUUUUAAGUGAUGAGGCGUUAGAAGGAACAGACGUAGACACUGUAAUAGAAAAUUUAGACAAAGAAUUAUGUGACAUUAUGGACUUAGUUGACACUACUAUAAAAUAUGCCAAUGACCACAUUAAGGAACGACUUGUCAAUGGUGAAGAUGAAUCGGAAGUAUCCACAAUCGCGUCAAGUAAAAUAGCUGUAAAUUCAAUGGCAACAAAGUCAUCCCAUGCAAAGUCAUCCCAUGCAAAGUUAUCCCAUGUAACCCCCCCUAAGUCGGUAGAAAAAUCUGUUGUUGAGACACAGCAACAAGAAGUGAAAGAUGCGAAUGAUAGGCUAAAGCAGCUUGAAAAAGAUCAGCAAGCAUUAGAGCAAGAACUACAGAAAAAAUGUGAGACUUUUGAACUCAAUAAAGAAAGAAUAAAGGAUGCACGUUCGAUAGUAUUUUUGAAUGAAGCACGAGCUAAAGCCACUGAACGGUUAGGCAAAGUGACUGAAGAUGUUACUGUAUUACCUGUAAAAAAUAAUCAGAAUUCGCCUGAGAACAUGACACCACCCCAAGCAUUUCCCUUUGGAUUGCCGCCAACCUCUACACAUGUCAAACUGAAAGGUGUAGAGUUGCCAACAUUCUCCGGUGAGAAUAAAACUGAAUUUGAAGCUUGGAAUGCUGCAUUUACAUCAGUUGUGGAUGAUACAGAUAUGCCUGUGAAAGAAAAGAUGCUGAGACUGCAGAAUUGCUUGCGUGGAAAAGCAUUGGAGACUGUACGAGACCUUGGCUAUUCAAGUUAUGCAUAUGAAAAGGCAAAGGAGAAAUUAGAACGAAAGUAUGGUGGAAAACGUCGACAGAUCCUUACUCAUUUGGCAACCCUUCGAGGACUAUCAAAAGUACGGCGUUAUAAUGUGGAAGACAUGGAAGAAUUACUGGCAAUCCUCGAUCGAAUACUGGUUGCACUGCAAGAUGGUGACGAAAAUGGAGAACUAAGGGGACAACAUCUUGGUCUUACGGUAAAAGAGAAGUUUCCAGAAGAGUAUGUCCGAGAACACAAGUAUUGGUUACAUGAGCAGGGAGAGUAUGACACAUUUGAAAAACUGGUUGAAAGGAUCGACACCAGAGUUCGGAUAAUGGAUGAAGCGCGAGAGGAGACAGGAGAAUUUGAUAAACGACGAAAUCCAAAGGACGGAGAAAGGCGUCAUAAUCGAGGAUACAACACAAGUAGUAAUGUUCGACAAUGUGUGGUAACAAAAUGUAAGAUUGAUCACCCGCCAUGGGUUUGCCAAGAGUUCAAGAAACUUCCAGUUGCACAGCGCAAGGAACUAAUUAGCAAAAGUGGACGCUGUUUCCGAUGUCUUGCUGCAGGUCACCACAGUAGAAGUUGUCCACGCAAUCGAAAAUGUGGAGUCGACGGAUGCGAGAGUUCUGAGCAUAGUAGUAAAACACUGACUACCGGAACACCGGAACACCACCGGAACACCACCGGAACACCACCUAACCCGAACCGCCAACCCUAACCCCAAACCCUAACCCCAAACAAAAUGGUGGUGUUCCGGUGUUGUUCCGGUGUUCCGGUAGUCAGUGUUUUACUACAUGCCGUAGCUACCUACAUGAUCCUGGUCGGAAGAAUGCAAGGAAUGAUACAGCAUCGAGGAACCAAGAAUCAGCACUACUGCCAAUACAUACAACAAUGCUCGAGUCGAACAGAUCUCCCUGAUGGUUCUACCAGCUAUUAUUGGAAGUGGAGCAAAGAAAUUAAAAGUCAAUGUUAUGCUGGAUCCCUGCUCGACCGGGUCGUACAUAACCGAGAGUGCUGCUGAAGAGCUUCAGUUGAAAGGUGAGAGACAAAACUUGACUAUUUCGGGAACUGGUGGUACAGAGAUCAAAAAGCAAUCAAGACGUGUCCAUUGUUCAGUGUCUUCCAUGAAUGGGUCAUUUUCAGCACCUGUUGAAGCUCUGAAUGUUCUUGAUAACAUUACUGGAAACACACCAGCUAUUGAAUGGAGUGCCUUAAAGAAUGACUGGCCACACUUAACUUCAAUUCCUUUUAACAGAGUGUCCAAUCGAAGACAAAUUGACAUUUUAAUUGGUAGUGACCAUCCAGUUUUCCACAAAGUGUUACGAGAAGUUACUGGAAGACAGCCGAAAGACCCUGUAGCACGACAAACCCUGCUUGGGUGGGUUUGCUUCGGUCCCACCUGCAAGAAUCCUUCACUUCGUAAUACCCAUGCACACAUGACCCGUACCUACCACAUCGGCCAAACCAACAUGGAUGAAACAAAUGAUCUUUUAAGAAAGUUCUGGGAAUUGGAAGCCAUUGGAAUCAAUGAGGAGAGCACCCGUGUUAUGACCCCUGAUGAAAUAAGAGCAAUGGAAACGGCACAGUCAACCCAAAUAUUGAAGGACGGUAGAUAUGAGAUUAGAAUACCAUGGAAAGAAGGAGAACCUGACUUUAGGAACAAUUUUGAUAUGGCCUUCUCACGACUGAAGAAUCUCGAAACAUCACUCCUCAAGAAACCCGAAGUUGCGAAUUCCUAUUGCGAGAUAAUUAAAAACUAUGUGGAUAAAGAGUAUGUGAAAAAAGUACCGAUGACAGAGGAAGAACAGUGGCUCCUGCCUCACUUUGCAGUGGUAAAUAAUGCGAAGACCUCAACCAAAGUUAGAAUUGUUUUUGAUGCUGCAGCCAAACUUGAGGGCAAGAACUUAAACGACGCCAUCUAUUCUGGACCCAAGUUACAACGGGAGCUUGUGGAUGUCUUGACUCGAUUUCGAAGAGCGCCUAUAGCCCUAUCAGCUGAUAUCUCACAAAUGUUUUUGCAAGUCGGACUCGCCGAGAAAGACCGUCCUUAUCAUCGAUUUCUAUGGCGAGAACUGGACAAGGCCAACGAACCCGAGAUCUACGAGUUCAUGCGAUUGCCCUUUGGUAAUACUGCCUCCCCCUUCUGUGCGCAGCAUGUCUUGCAUUCUCAUGCAGAGACUAGUAAAGAGCUUUAUCCUGAAGCAGCAGACACUGUAGACAAUGCCAUGUACGUAGAUGACGUGCUGGACUCGUGCGAAACAAUACCUGAGGCCAAAGACCUUCGAAGACAAACAACAGAACUUUUGUCUGGAGCCGGGUUCACUCUUAAAAAGUGGAUGUCCAACGAAGUUGACGUUAUUGAGGAUGUUCCUGCGGACGAUCGGUUGCCCGGUUUAGAAAUUCAUAAAGAUAUCCUCCCCACCAUAAAGACCUUGGGAGUUUCAUGGCAGGCAAACCAAGACAUCUUCACAUUCCAAGUAAAACCUCCACCCUCGUCAGAAUUGCCAACGAAAAGAAAUGUGCUUAGUAGUAUCGCAAGAUUGUUUGACCCGUUGCAGUUUUUGGCACCCUUUACUAUUCGAGCAAAAAUCUUACUACAAAAGAUCUGGACCGCUGGUAUCGAAUGGGACGAACAGCUAAUCCGUCUGAGUCGCGAAAUAUGUCGACGCCCAAACGUUUUGGUUACGAAAAGCCCAACUCGAAAGCUUUCCCGACAAAGGAAAGGACAAAAGUCUACUGAGAUUUUCCCCAUUGGUGGGCAAAGACGGACUAUUGAGAGUCGAUGGUCGACUCCGACUUGCUGAAGACUUGCCCUAUGAUACGAGACAUCCAAUCAUUCUUCCAAAAGACCAUCCUGUAACAAGACUAACCGUUGUUCACGCUCAUGAGAAACUUGGGCACGGCACCGGAACAGAACAUCUGUUGACGGAACUUCGAUCGAAAUUUUGGAUCGUGAAAGGACGAUUGACAGUUAGAACUGUGAUUCGAAGUUGCCCUGAGUGCCGACGGCGAUUCCUCGCAAAACCAGCAGGACAAAAGAUGGCUCCUCUCCCAACUUCGAGAUUGACUUUACCUUUAAGAGCCUUCGAAAGGAUCGGUACAGAUUUCGCUGGACCAUUCCUAACCAAACAAGGACGAGGAAAAUCUCGAAUGAAACGGUAUCUUUGUCUCUUUACAUGUCUAGCGAUCCGUGCGGUCCACUUAGAGAUGGCUUACUCAUUGGACACGGACCCAUUCAUAAACGCGUUCGUACGAAUGACUUCACGGAGGGGACGCCUACAUACGUUCUAUCGGAUGAACAAAUUUUGUCGGAGCGGAAAAGGAGAUGUGUCAAAAGAUACGCGAAUUCGAUCAGGAGAAAAUAGUAAAGACGACAACUCAACAUCGACAAAUCGAGUGGAAAUUCAACCCGCCUUCCGCCCCUCACUUUGGAGGAGUUUUCGAGUGCGAAGAAGGCCAUCAGAGCAAUCCUAGGAGAAGCCGAAAUUACAGACGAAGAGUUACUUACACACAGCAAUUUGUGGCGCGGAAGGGCUCCUAAACUCGAGACCGAUCACCUAUGUCAGCUCAAGUCCUGAUGACUUGGUUCCACUUACUCCUAGUCAUUUCCUGGUGGGACAUUUAGGUGGACAGUUCGCCCCAGAAACCAGUCCAGAAGAAGUAUUCAACCCAAAAAAGCGUUGACGACGUAUUCAACAAUUGAUCACGCAGUUCUGGAAAAGAUGGCGUAAAGAGUUCUUACCUAGCCUCAACGUAAGAGGAAAGUGGUUUAAUCCUAAGCGAGAGUUAACUGCAGGUGAUGUUGUCCUAUUAGUCGAGCCGAACGCAAAGCGUGGCGAGUGACCGCUUGGUCGCGUCAUUGAAACAUAUCGAGGCGGUGAUGGACUCAUAAGAGUGGUAAAGAUUCGAGUUGGAGACAACGAGUAUAUCCGACCUGUACACAGAUUGUGCCCGUUAGAGAGAAACAGUGAUUAAAAGAACAAUGAAGAAGAAACUUCAUAAACUUUAUAACUUUAACUUUAGUUUUCGAAUGUAGUCACAUUCGGGAGGGGGAUGUUUUGGAAUGUUGACAUUGUUUAAAUUUAAAUAAGUCCUACCCCCCUCCCCUCGAUUAGGAUAGGUAAAAAGGACUGGACACGAACGGUCGCGCUGAGAAAAAGAGAGCAUGGUCAGGCUUCUUUUGUAAUGUUUGUGUUCUAAAAAUACAGUGUUUAAAAAGGUUGUUUAUUGACUUUAAAACCACGCAAAGAAUCCAAAAUAGUGAAAAGUAGAUCCAUUCUUUUAUUCGACAAGUUCUAUACGAGAACAAUAACUAACAUAAGGAUAAGGAUAAGGAUAAGGAUAGGGAUAAGGAUAAGGAAGAUAAAGAUAAGGAAGAUACAGAUAAGGAAGAUACAGAUAAGGAAGGUACAGAUAAGGAAGAUACAGAUAAGGAAGUACAGAUAAGGUAGAUACAGAUAAGGUAGAUAAAGAUAAGGUAGAUAAAGAUAAGGAAGAUAAAGAUAAGGAAGAUAAGGAAGAUAAGGAUAAGGUAGAUAAGGAUAAGGAAGAUCAAGAUAAGGAAGAUCAAGAUAAGGAAGAUUAAGAUAAGGAAGAUAAGGUUAAGGAAGAUAAGGUUAAGGAAGAUAAGGUUAAGGAAGAUAAGGAUAAGGAUAAGGAAGGUAAAGAUAAGGAAGAUGCAAAUAAGGAAGAUGCAAAUAAGGAAGAUACAGAUAAGGAAGAUACAGAUAAGGAAGAUACAGAUAAGGAAGAUAAAGAUAAGGAAGAUACAGAUAAAGAUAAAGUUAAGGAAGAUAAAGUUAAGGAAGAUAAAGUCAAGGAAGAUAAAGUUAAGGAAGUAAGGAUAAGGAAGAUAAAGAUAAGGAAGAUACAGAUAAGGAAGAUACAGAUAAAGUUAAGGAAGAUAAAGUUAAGGAAGAUAAAGUUAAGGAAGAUAAACUUAAGGAAGUAAGGAUAAGGAAGAUAAAGAUAAGGAAGAUACAGAUAGGGAAGAUAAAGAUAAAGUUAAGGAAGAUAAAGUUAAGGAAGAUAAAGUUAAGGAAGUAAGGAUAAAGAAGAUACAGAUAAGGAAGAUACAGAUAAGGAAGAUACAGAUAAGGAAGAUACAGAUAAAGAAGAUACAGAUAAGGAAGAUACAGAUAAGGAAGAUACAGAUAAGGAAAAUAAAGAUAAGAUAGAUUAGGAUAAGGAAGAUAAAGAUAAGGAAAAUAAAGAUAAGGAAGACGCAGAUAAGGUGAGAACGAUAACGAAGAUAAAGAUAAGCAAGCUGAUUCUGGAAAAGUACUGGAUAGAUGCAUAAACGAAUACACCAAAUUAUUAGAUACAGCUAGACGUUCGUAGUGUGAACAUGUUCUUUAUGCGCAAUAUAUGUGCCAAAAUAUUUACAACACGCGGUAACAUUAAGCGUCAUACCUUGAAAUGUUCAUAGCGAACCAGUCAAAAUGGCAGCGUUCGGAUCUACAGUUUUGCUACAUAGUAAGACUGUACGGGUGAAAUCUUUCCUGGAGAAUGUCCAGAAAACUAUAAGUCCACCUCCACAGCGAAUCAUCUGGUACUAUGGUGAUUUUGAGAUGGUGAGAACGAUGCCUGGAAUUGAAUUCAAUGAAGGUAUUCCUGAGGAUAACAAGAAAAGCUGACCGUUUAGACGUAUCUCAACGGAAUUUGAUCGUACUGGACGAUCUCACAAUCCGACAGAGACAAACGUGUUGCUGAUCUUUUUUACGAAGGGAAGCUAUCACCGAAAUUUUUCCAUCGUCUACAUUGUCCAAAAUAUAUUUUAUCAGGGCAAAGAGAUGAAAAAUAUCAGCCUUAACGCCAAGAGAUAAACCAAGAGAUAAACAGCAAAUUUCUGUGCUUGCCUGAGAAAUAAAUCCCGCAGAGUGCAAGAGAUUAAUUAAAGAGAUUAAAUUUGCCGUAUACAUGUCUUAUCUUUGCUUCGACUUUUCGAAGCGGGUUGUUGAAGGUCGAACUCUGCGUGUUUUUGUCUGUAAGUUUUCCCUCUCCUCCUGUCUUUAACUAUGCUUUACUAGAAUUGUAUUGGUGUCGCAUCCUGGAUUUUUUUAUCGACUUUAUUAUACCACAAACGUUCCUGCUUUGCAAGCUACUAUGAAAGAAAUACCAAAUGGUUUUUCGAUAGGCGACUUAUGAAGAUGUCACGAGCCGACCUCAUGGUAGCUUGAGUAUCAGGCCCUGUAUUUUCUCCCUUAAAAAUAGAGCCUGGUACGCAGGUACUGGGAAUUUGAUACUACUUCAGGUAAAUGCAAUGUAUGAUGCUAACAGCGAAUGCAAAAGAACAUGGAAGCACCACAACUUUGUAGCUAAAUCGGUUUGUGACUUUCAAAAAAUAAGAUGGAUUUUCCGGCUCGUCACCCCAUUCCCGACAUGAUCGUUGCCCCUGUUUAGAGAACACCACUAGUGUCCAGUGAGCCUUCGUUAUCUUUAUCUUCCUUAUUUUGCUUGUCAGGGUUCGUACGCCCCUGGGAAUCCUUGAAAACCCUAGAUUUUUAUUUUAAACCCUUGAAAACCUUGGAAUCAGGGGCGGCGGAACAGGGUGGGCUAGGGGGCUAAAGCCCCCCCAGAAGUAAAAGUGAAAAAAAUUUGAAUUUUUUGGAAAAAUUUUGAUAAUUAGGGAAAAAUUUAGGUUAUUUUUUGAAAAUUUAGGUAUAAGGGGACAAAUUUGCAAUAUUUUGUUUAAAAAAAGUGUAUUUCCGAAAAAAAAAUAAUUAUAUAAGUCCGAAAAAAAAUUUUUUCGUCCCUUUUUUUGUAUAUUGUACCCCUAAAGUGGUACACUGACCGAAAUUUUUUGGCGACGGGGGGGGGGGAGGUCGCCGAAAAAAUUUAGCCCCCCCAGAACGAAAUCUGUUCCGCCGCCGCUGCUUGGAAUUUCAAAUUUAUCCCUGGAAAACUGUGAAACUGAGCUGGGUGUAGGAUCAUACCUAAAUUAUUUAACACUAUCUUAAAAAGAAAGAUUGAACAAAAGUUUCUUGCAUUAUAUAUAGUCGCAGCUCACGCGACGGCGCGAUGUUUCUAUCAAACUGGUACAAAAAAUAUAUAUGCAAGAUGAAGUAUUAGAUUUUUGAUCGACUUUAUUAUCCCACACACGAAGUGGGUUCUAACCUCCUGCUUUGCAGGCUACUAUUAGGAAUACCAAAUGGUGUUUCGUGUAGGAUAGCGUCAUCCAUGCACGCAGGAUGUUUGCGAGACUUUCGGGACGCGUAAAAAUACGCGAGACGAACAAUAUCCCAAACAAUUAACGGUUAACUUUAUUAUAACUUUAUUAACGUUUUUGUUAACUUGUCGGUAACGUUUUUAUUAACAUUUUUGUCAACUCCUGUUUAAUAUACUGUCCGGGUAACUUCACACGUUAUAAUGCUUUCAUCAGUGUCCGACGAAAGAAAAGGUUAUCUUACCGUGGCGAAAUUAUUUCUCUCGCGUUUAAUACCGGUAUAUAGAAAAUUAAGUUACCCCUCAUACCUACACACGUAAAAACGCACAAGUUGUAACAAACCUGCAGCAGCCUUGUAGCAAGGCUGUUCCAACAACUUGUCAUCAGGAUGUGUUCACACUGCUUGUUCCCAGCUUGUUGACAAGUUGUCAACGGCUUGUUGACAACUUGCUACAAGGUUGUUGAGCUCAACAGACUUGUUACAAGUUGUUCCAACAACUUGUUAUCUUCUUGCAAUUCAACAAGUUGUGCGUGACAAUCUUGUAGCAAACUAGCAACGUGAUAAAAUAACAGCGUUGUUACAACUUGUUGACAAGCUUCCUACAAGUCUGUUGCGAGCACAUCUUGUUGACAAGUUGUGAGAUUUUUACGUGUGUAAAACCGGUUUAAUCAACCUAAAUAGAAAUUCGGCUUUAACAUCCUUGCAAGGGCACAGUUUGUGUAUCUCGGUGAAAAUGCAACUUCUUUGGAGACCUAAAUAUUUAAAAGAAAAAUAUUUUUUUCUAUCCUGGCCUCCAAAUUGCUAUAAUUUUCAAUAAUACAUUUUAAAGAGCAUGGCUUAAUUGGUAGAUUAGACUUCCUCUAAGUCUACCUGCUGUCAGAGGGGUUUGUUGAGCACUGGACUAGGAAAUCAAUUGAAAGGUCGCGGAUUCGAUUCCCACCGCGGGUAACUGCAAUUUGUCAACUUGCCUGGUGUGGAGCCACUCAGAAUUGAGUCGUCUAAAAUAAUUUACCCGAGUUCGAACACUACAAUCAUUAGAUUAAAAAAUAUUUCUCAAAGCUUUCGUUCCGUUGGUCAGGUGGUAUUUUCCACAAACCAAAACAAUCAUAUCUGCCCCCCAUGCUGAAGCUGGCUGCAGAGGAGGCUGUUUUGAAAUUGUAGUACUUUAUUUUUCAGCCAACAUCGAUGAAGGAUGUUCCCACUUGAGAAGAACGUCAUUCCUACAACCACCACCUGGGAACUAUAAACUGUCUGAAAUAACCCCCUACCAGUGCGUAAUGAUGUGUGCAACUGGUAACAGUAAACUGGCUGGUGUGACCAAUGGUGUGUGCGUUUGUCCAGAUACUGUGGCAGAAACAUCAUCAAUCUGUAAUCAAUCUUGUACCGGAGACCCAUCUCUCACUUGUGGAGGUUUAACUGGAUUGAGAAUGUUCAAUCUCAGUACACUCCUCAGAAAUGAACCUAAUCUUCAGUUUACUAGCACACCAACGUUCUUGGAAAAAGCAGAGUACCAGGCGUCAACAGUGACCGAAACAACCAGCUACGGAUAUCAACUAACGUUCAAAACCACUGGAUUUCUUAAUGAAGCAAAUACUAAUCUGAUAUUUGGGGGACCCUAUUCCUACAAUUUCACGGCUUGGGGAAGUGAUGUAGAACUCACGGUGGUUGUCAUUGGUAAGGUUCGCCAGGAAUUCAAAAAAAUGGUGGAUGUGAAAGCACCGCUUACUGUUUCCAACAUUAAAUGCCCAACUUAUGCCACAGUUGGAUUACCUAUUGAAUGUAUGGGACAAGUAAAUCUCGGCAAAGAAGUUAAUAUGACAUGGUUAUUGGAUGGAUCGUCUGACUCAAUCAAUCUUGCAGGUUAGUACCCAUAAUGAUGCGUUUUUUGUUGGAAGGAUUGAAUUGCAGUCCAGCUAAGGAAGUAAUGUGAAAACAAAGACAUGUACUACAUAUGGGGAAAAGAUGGUGUAACUUUAUCACAGACUUAUUUUCCCAGAUUUUGUAGUAAGUGCUUACAACUCGCUUCUAGGACGUCUGACAGAAAUUCUGUGAACACGUAGAGGUUAAAUAAAACACUAGGAUUUCACAAUGCCUUAGUUUCGCUAUUAUGAUUACCAUUACGAAGAACCAUUGUGAAGGGACGAUUUGUUUUUGCCAGGAAAUGAAGUGGGUUUAACUGGUAGGUGUUUCCACACGCACGUGCUGUAUUUUGCUAGGAUUAUAGGUGAAAUCCAGAAAGGGGGCUGCAGAUUCUGCAAAAUGUCAUAAAUCAUAUACAUUUUAAUAAGCACAGUUUGAUAUAAACUUUUUCUACCCACAGUAACCCUGGUUGUAAAUCCAAUCCAGUCUAUAUAUUUCUGGAUUGCAAAUAUUACUUCCAUUUUCCAGAUCCAGUAAGUUGGUAUAUUGGUGAUCCCGUGCCACGUUGGAUUAUAUCUGGUCCAGGUGCUGAUCUCCCUAAUGGGCUUGUCAUUUCUUUGACCACUGAAGUCUCUCACUCUGUCAUUGUUUACGCUUGGGAACUGAACGUUAAUAAAUCAGGAUCACUUGAUAUUGUGGUAAUUAUUAAAGUCUCUGCUUUUUGUUGCGGACCAUAUUUGGUUCUAAAUGGUUUAUACACCUCAGAAAUCUCAGCAAAAAUUUACAUAUUGCACAAUUGACGAAAAUUGAUUUUUCUUUGCAAUUUUGCAUUCCGCAUCGUUCCUUAUUCUCAGCGUUCUCACUCACUCCUAUAAUUGAGAUUGGGCAACCGACAGUCUCAGCUCGUUAGCAAAGUCGAAAGUAAUUUUGGGCGGGAUGGGGAGAAAACAAAACAAAUUGAGAUUGCUAAGAGACUAGGAGUAAACGAGAGCAUGAGAGAUAUACAGACAUGAAACGCUUGCCAGCAGCAGGAAGUUACACGAUAGUUCAACAGAAUGAGACCACUAGCUAUGUUUGUCUCUCCCUUAUACACGUUAGUGAGACCGCUGAGAAUAGUACUGCAAUUCGCAUUAUUAAUAAUUACAUAUUUACAUUAAUACAAUUAAUAUUACGGAUUUGUAGAUGGAAAUACGAGUGUGAUUUUAACCUACCUGCGGCAGAGGCCAGUUGUCGAGCUAUAACCGCACGUUUAUGUAUAAAUAUAUUAAGGUGAAGCGGCUGAAACCAAUGUACGUGUAUGGGUAAAUAUCAGGAUUUUGGUCAUCUCACUCGAUAGAACUACUUAUUGAAGGGAUUUGUAGUGUGAAUAAUCGAAAAGGGAUAAAUGUAUAGAAAAGUGUGAUAAAUGUAUAAAAAUCACACUCGAUUUAUUUUAACACAAACUUCGUAGUUUAUAAACCUGCGAGUUGUGCCGCCAUUUUGUUUAUGUGCCGCCAUUUUGUUUAUUGCAUUUAUCUGAAGUCACGUGACCACAAAUCAGCCAAUCACGUUUGGUGUUUACCCUAGCUAUAUAACAAUGAAAUUUAUUUUCUGUAGGUUCUGAGGCCAUUGUGUGAUAUAGGUAAGACUUACUGUCCAGAAACAAAAUCCUGUUGCCUAAUGAACAACCAAUUUUCAUCUUCUGGGCUAUGCAAUGAAGAAACAGCCUUUUGUGGAACAAGUACUGUCGGUAUAAGUUCGGAAAAUUGUUCAUCCAGUGAUGUUAAUAACCCAGUGCCUUUGUUCGAUACAUACUUGCCCAUUUAUACAACAACAUUGAACGUGGAUAUUGGUUACAACAUGGUAGUUUUGUCGCCUGAGAAGAGAUUUGAAUAUCUCCCUGGGGACAUCCUGGGUUGGAUUAAGACAUCAUCAGGUGCCACACUUGCUGUAGGUUCAAAUCAUAGUGAGUAUAACGUCUUGGUAACUGUCACAUCUUUACCAACUGGCAACAUCACUCUCUCUACCAUUCAGCGAAACAGUAAACAGACUGGGGCUGUCCUAAUUGCCGGCGUUGCUUCAAAACCAACAGCGUUUAUAGCGAAUAUAACUGCACUGAGUACUCCAGGAGUCAAAAAUAUAACUUUUACCCACCAAACAAGUGAAGAAACCCUCAUCCUAAAUCGACCAAUUUCUGCUUUGCAUCCAGUUGGUAAUAUUUCAUUCACGACGGCAAGUAAUUCGUGUGUUAUCUACGGACCGUUGAAUGAAGCGUUCAACGUUUCUAUUAAUUUUCAUGGUGGAACAAACGCCCACGUUAUGUGGAAGGCAAACAACAUCACAGUGGGAUCUUACCCUUACUUAACACUUGGUAACCAGGACGAAACCACUUGGCAACAAAAUUUCACAUUCUUCAGUAUCCGUGAAUAUCCGUUGAUUGUUAUGGUGACGAAUGGAGUCGGCGGAAAGUUGCUGACCGCAACUGUUAUCAUUCAAGAAAAGAUAACUGGACUAACAGCAACGAAAGUGGACGCCAAUAAGGUUGCCUAUCAAGGACUCAGUACCCAACUGAAUGUUUCAUAUUCGACCGGAAAUAAUGUUACGUAUAAGUGGUAUUUUGGUGAUGGUAGCGAUACUGUAACUGUAACAGACAACGUAGUUGAUCACUCUUAUCACAAAUUUGGGCUGAUUAAUACAACAGUUGAAGCAACAAACAUGGUAUCGUCAGUAAACUAUUCGUUCAUCGUCAAUGUUUCCAAUCCAGUUGUCAUCAUCGUUCCUGCUUAUGCCGUGAGCAAUGUUUCAACCAACAUAACGUGCACACUUGCUGAAAAUGUACUUGAAACGUAUAUCAUUGCGCUACAGGUAGAUAAUGAAUCACUGACGGCAUCGAACUGUAAUACUAUAGAGCAUGUUUUUACUCCUGGUUUUCGUGAUAUCCAUUGCUAUAUUCAUGCGGCUGUCGUGUUGUAUUCCAAUACCUCCCUCUUCGUAGUCGAACCCAUUACAGGAUUGUCAAUUUUAGACAUACCUCCUCUGGCACUCAAUACAACAUAUGCAGUCAGAGCGAAUAUAUCUGCCGGGAAUAAUGUGACCUUUGUGUGGCAAGUAUUGGAAAAAAAGUAUAAUGCUUAUUUCAACAGUUCAUAUCCGAUAACGUUCAACCAACACGGUCAGAUAAGUCUAAACGUGAGUGCAUCUAACGCUAUUUCGAUGAAAUCUGCAGAAACAAUAGUAACUGUUCAAGAACCAAUUGGAAAGUUGAGUGUAAAUCCAUCAGCUAACCCAGCGAAAACGGAUGUCGAAAUUUCUUUUGUUAUCAGCCAAACAGCAGGAACUGAAGUCAAUUACACUGUCAAUAUAAGCACCAGUGAAUAUCAAGAUUUAGGUCCUACUUCGACCUUCCCUUAUACGUUUCCACAAGAAGGGACAUAUAAUAUAUUUAUUUCUGCAAUGAAUCUGAUCAGUUCAUCUAAUACCACUUACCCAAUUACUGCACAAGUACCUGUCAAACGUCGUCCAGAGAUCACUUGUCCGUCAAUUUCCAAAGAUAAAACAUGUGUGGUAUCAACAACUGAGUUAUGGUCGUUUAAAGCAGAAAUACCUUACGCUACCAAUGUUACAUUCGAGUGGAGAUGGGGAGAUGAAGAUGACACUAGAACUGAUUAUUCUCCCUCUACACCACCAUCCAACAUCACGUCGACUCAAGCUAUAUCAUUUCCCGAUCCUAAGACAUUUCAUAUCACCGUGAUUGCAAAAAACAACGUUUGUAACCUUAACAACGUGCUGCAUGUCGAAACUCUUGACAACGUGUCCGGCAUUACUUUGGAAUUUCCACCAGCUGUUGCUGUGAACACAAACUUUACUAUCAAUGCAAGCAUUGCUAAAGGAUCCAAUGUUACGUAUUCGUAUGAUUUUGGUGAUGAAAGAGAAAACAUUGUUGCGGACCAAACAGUAAGCUGGAAGUACGAAACAGCUGGUGUUUACCAAAUUAAAGGCAAUGCAAGCAACCUACUAAGCAAUGAUGCAACCUCACAAGAGAUUAUCGUGCAACAGGAAAUAACGGGUGUGUUCAUAGAGAAAAUUGACACUGUAAAGACUAACACGGCUACGGCUAUAAAAUGGAACGUUAGUGGCGGUACAAAUGUUACGAGUAAGUUAAAGUUUGGAGAUGCAACUGGUAAAACCGUCAACUACAUAGAAUGUGAGCUUCAUGACCCAUCCUCAACGUACAGUUGUAACACAACUCAUAGGUGGACUGAGAAGGGUACGUAUAAAGUACACAUCAAUGCCACAAACCUUUUGACAGCCACGAAGGGUGCAAGUAUAGAUGUUACCGUGCAGGAUCCCGUGGAAGGUUUUUCUGUCGCGAUUAAUUCUUCAUCCUCCACUUAUUAUAUGCACGCAGAAAUUCCUCUCAUUUUUACUCAAACAAAAGGAAGCAGUGUUAAAUACCAGAUUCAUUACAAUGAUACUGAUGGCAGAACAGAGACCACGUCGGAUACUAAUUUUGAUAUUAAGUAUUACAAGAAAGAUAACUAUAAACCGUGGUUUUUUGCUUAUAACGACAUCAGUAACAGUACGAAAACGUAUCUAAUCCCUGCUGAGAUUACAAUCGAAACUCCUCGCGAACCUAAAGAAAUAAUAGAUUUGAAAAUCUCUGCGAAACCUACAAAGUUUAAUACAACAACGAAGUUUGACGUGAGCUACGAAAGCGGAGCUAAAUUUGAAUGCAUUAUUGAUUUUGGAGAUGGUAAAUCUGCAGAUAUAUCUGAAGAACUCCUAAAUAAAGGUAAGACCCAUCAUUAUAGAACAGCUGAUGAAUUUACGGCAAAAUUGAAGUGCCACAAUACUGGCAGAAAUCGAAAUGAUAAGGUGGAGACAACCAAAGUGUUCGUUCAUAUACCUAUAGAAGGAUUUAAACUGGAUAAUUAUACCAUCAGUGCAGUUUACAAGGAUGCAAUCAAUAUACAUUUUUCAUGGCAGCAAGCUUCUCAUAUGGAAGUUAUCGCCUAUGUAAAAAAUCAGCUGCAUACUGUGUAUGCCAGGAAAGAAGACAUAGAUUAUGAUGGUCAUUCAGGAAUAAUCGUAUUGCACAGUGGCUAUUUUCCUUCACCUGGUCGCUAUAUCAUACAUGUCAAUGCUUCAAAUAAAGUAUCAUCCCUCGAUAAACCCGCAGAAGUAACUGUAAAUAUUUUUGAAAAAAUAUCUGGUGCAGAAGUUCUUGUCAAUCCUUUUGUCGCUGUUUCAUAUGGUUUAAGAGCAUACCUUUCAAUUGAAAAAGGAAGUGACAUGAAUGUAACUUGGAAUUUUGGCGAUCGCAGUCCUGAUAAGAUUACCAGCUGUACUUGGAAAAAAUCGUGUUAUUUCGAUUACAAGUAUAAUAAGACGGGAAGUUACACGAUAACAGCUACAGCAGAGAACAUGAUAAGUUCUGAUGCAGGUAGUGGAAAUGUUACAAUCGAAUAUCCCAUCCUUGGUUGGGAUUUUAAGCCUAAAGGUGUAAGUAAGGCAGGUGAACUUAGUCAAUUGAAUCUGGAAUAUAACAAAUCCUUUCCUUUUCCAACCGAUGCUACAUAUCAGAUUACCUAUGACGAAAAAAACACAAAAGAGAAACUGACUUCCGAACUGACUGGAAGUGGCUCACGAAUAGUAAAUCUCACUUAUAAAGAGGCUGGAUGCUACCAUGUUAAAGUUAAAAUGGAAAAUAAAGUAAGCACUGUGGUCAUAAAAACUAAGGUCAAGGUUCGAGGUAGUUAUACGAAGGCGAAAAUCACACCCACGAGUUUAAAGGGAGAUGGCAAUUCUUCACCGUUGCCUUUGGAAUAUCCUGUGGAGUUCAAAUCAAACAUCAAGAACAGUUGUCUGAAAUAUAACUGGACAAUUAAGGAUAAUGAUUCCAAGGUUUUGACUGUAAACUUUCUUAAUAGUUUUAAAUACACGUUUAACGUUUCUGGCGUAUACAAAGUCAAUUUCAUUGCAUAUGAUGACAGCGAGAAUAUGAACGAUAAUAUCUCAGCUGAAAAAGACAUAAAUGUCGAGAAAUCAGUAACUGGAUUGUUUCUAUCCAGCGAUGGAAUUGGCGAGGUAAACAAAACUGUUAACUUUAUUCUACUUUGGGCAACUCUUGGUACUUCCACUACGUUUACAGUUCAUUAUGACAGCAAUACAGAAGAGAAACUUAAUCUUAUUGGCAAAACAAAAGACUUUUCGAAAUAUAGCAGUAAACUCCCUUUUGAUCCAAAGGGUCUUGAAGGCAUAAUAUUUUCCCACAACUUUUCCCAAAUCCGUGAAUAUCAAGUGAAAGUGAAAGUUAACUCUGGACAAAACCUUACAACUCAGGUAUUUAUCUCUGAAGCACCAUGCCCGUUGCCAGAUAUUACUCUCACUGGUGGAAGCAAGGAUGCAAACAGGGCACCUCAAGUACCAUACGAGAUUCAGUAUACACUUUUUUCCACGGUUGCUGCUACAAGUCGCACUGAAUGCAAUGCAAUUCUCUUCAAAUGGAGGGUUUUUACAGCUGAUGAAUAUCUUUUAAAGACAACAGGAUCGUCUGUAAUCCCGCCAGAUGACAAUAGAGAGAUCGAGUAAGUAUGCAGUGAUAAAUCGAGUUAAGCUGCUAGUGAAGAUUAUUUGAUAGGUGAUUAGGUGACCAGAGCCGCCGAGAGGGCCCUACGACGUCAUAAAUGUGAGAGGGUAGAAGCGCUGUGACAACGCAGCUGGGAUUUAUAUUCUCAGUUAAGCGAUCUUGCAUCGAGAAACUUUAACGCCUUUGUUGCUUUGGGGGCCCUUUUGAGCUGGGGACCCUCCCCUCUCAGCGGCCCUGUUGACCUCGUGUGCUUGAAAACUCAUAUAAAUAUAGUUUUGGUUGAUUCUCUCUUGUUGUAUGAGGAACUGGGCAAUCCGAUUUUCCUUCUUCACCUAAGGUUAACCCUUUUACCUUAGCUGUGCGCUGUAGUCAGACGUGGGCCCUAACGGCAGCCAGUGGCGACCUGGUAAGGGUCCGACUCGGCCACGUUUGAGCUGCGCUCUUCGUAAUUCAGUAAUCAGCUGCAAGAUAAUAUGACUGGCAUCCCUAUACCUUCUUUAUCAGAAUACAAGGAUUUGUAAUAGAUUAUGGUUGAGUGUAAACUAAUAUUUUAUUGAUGUGUGCAAAUCCUAAAUGAUAACACAUUAGCAGUGAACAACAGCAGUGCUAACUCACCCAUGUUUUGAUAAACGUUAAAAAUAUUUUCCUAUAGAUAGUUGUUUUAUAAUUUUCGAUUUUAGAAUGACAAAUUGUCCUUCGUGCCCUUAAGGUUUCAAAAUAAUAUGAAACAGUGUGAUAAAAACAAUAAACCACAGUAUAUGUUUUAAAACUGGUAUAGAGGAUGUAACAAUCUGUCCAGAAAAGCAAGGUUUCAAGCAAUUUUUUAAUCAAAUACUAUUCAACGCUGUCUGCGCUGAGACCCAACAUUUGAGAUGUUCUCUAAAUUAACGAUUACAAUAUGUCUCUCUUUCUAGCUAUAAUAAAUUUAAUGUUCAAAGAAAUCAAUCUACACUGGCCAUUCCCAGGAAGGCCUUGUAUCCACGACUGUAUAUAUUUCAGCUAAAUGCGAACUUGAAAGAUGCAACAUCCCAACAUAUUGUUUAUGUAAAGAUCAAAAGACCGCCUUUGAUUGUGGAAAUUGAAGGUGGUAGUGCACGAUCCAUCGCUUGGAAUGCACGAUUUUUCUUGAAUGCAAACCUCUCAAUGGACCCAUUGACAGGAAAUAAUGAUAAACUAUCUUUUGAAUGGCGAUGCAAAUUAAAAAAAGCACAAGAGAAAGGUGGUUGUUUUGGUGCUGGGGAGUCAUUAAGUGCCAAACAAGGUGAAAGAAUAACUGAGUUUCGGAAAAAACUUCUUUUGGAAGGACUAACAUACCAGUUUACAGUGAAGGUUUGUGAUCCUGAUGAUGAUGAGACAUGUGGUUCCUAUACUCAAGAAAUCAAUGCAAUACCUGGAAAACCUCCACAACUUAAACUCAAGUAAUUCACGUAUAAAUAUCAUUAUUGCUCAUUAAACAUGCCUAUAUGAUAAAAAGGAGCGAUUAUAGAAUAUCUGCCCACUUUUUGUUGUUCAUUUUAACGUACAAAACAAUAUAGGAAUUAUUUUAAAACAGUUUAUGGAUGGAAUGAAAAUGUGUUGUUUCUAUUAUAUUUAACAACGGUUUUGGAAGAACUAAAUGACUAUUUUUGAGCAAAUUAUUAAGGCCGUCGGAAGCGGGGGGGGGGGGACCAAUAAUUCCAUUUGUAUAUGCAACACACACAAAGAACUAGAAAAGUACGAAAGCAAUUCAGAUUUAUUUAGGUUUAUUCUUGAGCCCCCCUCCCCCCCCUCCCCCCCACAAUAUUGAUUUACUUCUGACAGCCUUAAAUUAUUAAUACAAGGGAUAAAUUAAGUGUAAAUUUUAAAUAUUCUGCGUUUUUUAAAAAACACCAAUAACACUCGUUUUCUUAUAUUAUUUCAAAUAACAUUGUCUAUCAUUGUCUUGCAGGUGCGUUUCCAAUUGUGCUCCGAAGAUAAAUCCAGAUGCCCGUCUGUCAAUCACGUCUGACUGUACUAGUAACUGCGAGGGACUUAAAUAUAAAUGGACAUUGGACAAUGCUACUUCAUCUGAAACUUCAGAAAAUAUAUGGCCGAACAAGACACUAACCGAAAAAGAUUCUGCAAGUUUAGUGAUCAGGGCUGGGACAUUUGAGGAGAAUCAAGUAUAUAUCUUCAAACUUACUGUGACAAACGAUCAUGGUAUGUACACAUAAUUCAAACUUUACCAUCCUAUGAAUUCCUGAAAUUCUGAGUAAAAAAUUCCAUAUGUUUAGAAACAUUUCCUUAAAUUUGGGGCAGAGUCUAGAACAUUUCAGAGUCUUACCUCAGAAUUGCUUUUUGAGCCAUAAUACAACAACCAAGAAAGAAUAUAUAGUUUUAAUCCAUGUUUAUUAGGAAAUCAACCAAAAAUGGUGUCUGAGUUAUUACGUAAUUGCAAAGUGCCCGUUGCCGUUGAAGGAAUUUUAUUUUUAAUAUUUGCGGGAUUAGGUUCCUAACCUUUUCCCCUAGCAAAUUUUGAUUGGCUAUUUCAUGGGAAUUUCCAAAUUGGCUAUUUCCUGCCAAUUUUACCAUGACUAAGGAGAACAUUACACAGCUGUCGGCAUUUUUCCAUUCAAGUAAUUAAUAUUCAAAGAAAAUUCUGAUGCCUUUAACCAAUCAGAAUCAACUAAAAUUGACCAAAAUAAUAUUAGCCUGCAAACAUAAUUAUCAUGCACGCUGUAUAACAGGUAAAGCCAGCCGUGUGUGUUAUGACGUCUUCUGACAACGGAGAGAUGGGAUUUAUUUGAAGAGGCUUAACCACAGAAUAGAGACCAUACAUCAUCUAGACAACUCAGCCAAAAAAGCGUAACCGUCGCCACGCCAUGAUUCGUCAUCAAAAUGCACUACCAUGUUCCUAGCCAGUCACCAGUGCACUUAUGGGAGCCUCCUGAACUUCCGCCAUUUUGAAUUUUUUCAGGGGAAUAAAUGCCUCUCAUAACCGCACUGGUUAGGAACAUGGCGACAGCAUUGCAACGGGUACGCUUUAAUCAUAGUAAAACCAAGAAGUCGACCUUUUGUAAGGUCUCUCGUAUCGAAAGGUUUUGGAAAGAGAUUUAUACGCCAUUUGACCACAGAGACAUACAGAGACGUAACUGACCGUUGUAAACACUGCGGAAGCUUACGUUUUCAUGUACCCACUUUUUUUCAGGCGACCGGCCGAAAAAUGAUCAACUGCGCGUGCUCAGAAAGUUUAAAGUAAGUCGUCAUCAGGUCGUCAUCCAAUCAGAUGCAUGCAUCUAGUAACUUGCCGAGCAUGCGCACAAAAAAAGUGGGUACACUAGUUACGUCUCUGUAUGUCUCUACUUUGUGAUUUGACGUGCUCUAUGAUCGAUAUAAAACAACCCACAGCAUUGAUUCCACAAGUGUCCCAGGCUUGGGUUUAUAAAAUAAUUUUUGAAACAAAAUUUACUUACCGAACCAUUUGUUUGCUGAGUUAAUAAUUUCUGCAACUUCUUGCUUGGUGGUUGCGGCCGCUUCUGAAUAACAAAUCGUAGAGAAUGUCAACUCCGCAAGGGAGAAAUGGAAAGGAAGUACAAACAACCAGCUAGGCAAGUAAAUUUUGCUUAAAAUGUUUUUCAUCGUAUAUUUUUUUUACUAUUAAAUACUUUACUUUACCCACAAUUUGUCCGCUGUAUUCGUUUUGUUGCUUUUGAGAGUGCUGUGAUUGUGUAGACGAUAUUACGUCACCGUGCUGAUGUCCCUAGAUCAUAAUAGGCAUAUCUCUUGACCAAUAAAAUCACUUGAAAUCUUUACGUCAAAACGUGAAUAAUGAUAUUUUAGAGAAGACUGGCUUCGUGUCGUAUAAAGUGGAAACAAACGCUCCACCUCAGCCAGGCAAGUGUGACUUCAUGCCCAAGAGUGGAGUGUCGUUGGAGACAAAGUUCAGGUUCAGCUGCUAUGACUGGAAAGACGAUGCGACAGAUCCUGAUGCAAUUCUUUUUUAUAAAGUAUUCUACUCCCUUGGUGACAAACAAAACUAUCUGUUGUAUCAUGGACCCAAGAGUAAUGUGUCUGAUCUGCUACUUCCUGCCGGCCCCGAAAAGUUCAACCAUAGUUUCAACUUGUCUGUCAAUGUGGAAGAUGCGUUUGGGGCUUACAAAUCAGAGCUUUUUACAAUUAAGGUAUACUUUUACUAAGUUUUAUUGGUUUAGUGAUUUUCUUUCCACAAGUUAAUAUUUAUGAGAGGGGAUGCUGCACAACAGUGUUAUUUACAAUAAGUAUAUCAGUUCUGCAGUUAAUAGGUACUGGAUCUCAAGCAAAUAAACUUAUAUAAUAACAACUGUAUAAAAAUCCCAUUUAACACUUACAACCCAACUUCUACGUUGCGAACUGCCGCCAAAAAAAGUUAAACAAUUCACAUUUACAAAUCAUUUCACAAACAAAAAAAACCUGACUCAGAUGAUCCGGAACCCACCCUUGACCCCGUGCUUACAAUCGUCCACAAAAUAUUUGAGACAAACCCCCCUCCCCCAUUUCAAUGUUUCUUUGUGCUGUAACAUUGUUUAGUUAAAAUACCAUGCAUUAGAUUUCGGCUGCCAAUGGGACAGUUGCAUGCGGGUCAGACUCUGGUGUCACGCAUAUUUCUUUCGAAAAAAUGAUAAUAGCAUUUCAACAUUGAAAUAGGGGGAAGGGGGGAGUGGAUUUCAAAAGUCUCAGUAUAUCUUGUGGACGAUUCUAACAGUGUGAGAAAAAAAUAUGAAAAAAAACACAUAAUCUGUGGUAGUCAUAUCUAAUAGACCUUUUUUCAUAAUAACCCAAAACCCACUAGACACUAAAGCAAUGAAGGUUGAAAUUUUAGCAACAAUUCGCAAUGUAAAUGAUGUUACAUGUAAUUUAAUUGGCUGAAAAAAAUAUGCAUUUCGAAUUGCGGUGCUCAAAUGAAGUUAGGCUUUUUGUUGUCGGUGCGUGAGCUGGUUAGUCUGCUAGUUUGUUCGGAAUCAUAAGCACUUGUGAUAUACUUGUUUGAGCCUUAAGCCGCCAAUGUGCUGUUUUGCGCAUGCUCCAGCACAUUGUAGUGCACCCAUAUGAGUGCACCGCACUGUAGUGCUAUGUCGAUGUUUGUUGUCAGGGGGCGGCACUAUGCCGUGUCAAAGCCAUUCUUGAAUGUGGUCUAAGCGCUGACAGUCGUUGUUCGGGAUGUUGAAAAAUUAACUGAAUGUAUAGGUGUUGCCAUCAGAAUGCUCGCUUAAUCUGAAUUUGUCAGAAACAGUUUUAAAUCUACCUGGAAAAUACCCAAUUUGUGAACAACUUCCAUUUCAGUAUACAGUAUAAUUUCAUCAGUAUUAAAAUGGAUGCUUUCAAAUCAUUGCCUAAAGCCCGACCGUCUAUGUAUUGUAUUUUCGUGUUUAAUUUGCUCCUACAUUUUCACAGAUGUCUCAGAUCCAUAUUGCUUAUGUUCAUAUAUUUUCAUGCACAAUCAUACUUGUCAAUCAAAAAUUAUUUUAAUUAAUUGAACUUUGUUUACUUUUUACGCAAACUAUAAUACAUAUAAACACAUCCUAUUCAACGCGUGACAACAACUAGUCUCCUACGCAGCCUGUCCGAGGUUUUCACCCUGACAACAUUCGCAAAUCGCCUAGACAACAUCAAAACUGGCCUUGACAACAUACUGUAUAUCACGUGACGACAAAACGUUCGUUUGAGCGUUCAAACAUUUCGACAAAACAAUUGGCAUUCUAACGUCGAGUGAAAAUCGCAGUGUUUGAAAUUACUAAUGAUACUGUACAAAUGAAAUUUUAUCCUGAAGGUCUUACCGCGGAAUGUAAGCUUAGAUGACCUCAAGAAUUCUACGUACGACGUUAAGAAGCUGAUUGGUUCAGGUGAUAUUCAAGCAGCCAAUCGGCUAGCGAUUGGACUUAUUCAAGGAUUACGCAGCCGAGGAAAUGCUACAAAAGAAUCCGAAGAGGAAAAGGAAGAAAAGACGGAGGUAAAGUUUAAAAAUGGAUUUAAGAAAGGGGCUUAUUUAUCUCAGGCAGGUUUGAGAGGGGUGGUUAUUUGAGGAAGGAGAGAGGGAUUGAUAGAGUGUUUCAUGUAAUAUUUUAAAUCCGACUAUGCGGACUGGACUAGAUUUCAAGUUCGCGCAACGUGAUCACUGGUCCGCGCAAUGUGAUCAAGUCCGCGCAGUGGCGCCGUGACCGGGGGGGGGGGGCAAGGCAUCCCCCCCCUAUUGUUGAGACCUUGUUAUGUUAUCCGCGGAAUCUUCGUGGUCAAGCACGGUACCUGCAUAUACGAGCGGGAAUUUUACUUCACUUUGUUGUUUGACAAUGCGAAACAUGUUUGAAUAAAAUAAUAUAUAGAUGAAAUAUCGGAAAUCGGACUCAGUUUACGUUUUCCCAAUAUAAGUUUAUAGAAUAGUCCAUAUUUAAUUCAAUAUGAUUUCGUAUAUUAUUUAUGUCGGAAAAAUUGUGUUUGUCGAGAAAAUGCUGCCCUUGCCCCCCCCCCCCCUAAAGCAUGGGGCCCACGACGCCCCUGUGGCCACGCAAUUUGAUCAAGCCCGAAGCGAAGCCGAGGACUGGAUCAAAAUGCGAGGAAAAUGACAUCUCAUACGAAUAAAUUACUACUUAAACGGAGAUGGAUUAAUUUUGAUCCAGUCCAAGGACUGAAUUCAUUUUGAUCCAGUCCAGGGAUUGAAUCAAUGUGCUUCACCAGGUAUGCAGUGUUAUCAUGUGAGCAAAAUAAAGCAAUAUGGUAGGCUAACUUACUCAUGAAUUAUUAAUGAUGUUUGAGAUUGAUUUCGCCGAAAUGCAGUACGUCGUACGCUAACAGGUAUAUGAUAUGACAUAAAAUAUAGGUUAAGUUUUAAGAUACGACGGUUCCGAUUUACGAGCACAUGUAGCGUCGUUUUGUGUAAGUAAUUUUUGUCGAUGUCUACAGUUUUCGCCCGAUAGACUAGGAAUUAACGUGAACAGAAUCACCAGUCAAAAUCAAAUUCCUAAGCAAAAUAACCCUACCCGUACUCAUAAGUCGGAAUUGGGGUAUCUUGUAGUUAUCUUUUGUCGAAAACGUUGAAUUGUGAUUCACUAAGUCCGUGGUAUAACAGUGCGUUUUGAGGUUUUAAUUUAUUUUAAAAUUAUUUACCUUCAACUCUUCUUGAUCGUGUUGGGAAUGGUAAAUUGAAAAUAUGGUAAAAUAAUUAAGUACACGUUUCUUUAAAGUGAAGUGAGUGGGGGGGGGGGGGGGGGGGGGGGGGGGGGCGGUGAUCGAAGGGUUAAAAAUUGUGCAGUAUUUGAAGAGUCUACAACUCACGCUUGGGCUUUUCGAAGACGGAGAAUUUCUAGAUUCCAACGUGAAACAAAUCUUGUAUUAUAUUCAAUGUAUUCCUCUACUCAUCUUAUGUUAUUUACUCCAUUUUAGAUAUUUAAAAGUAUCGUGAAAAAUAUUGCUGAAAAUUUGCCUCAGGAUCUAGAUUCAAUGAGGCAAAGUAUUGAGACUGUUGUAGCUGCAGUUUCUGUACAGGGAGAUGAUGUACCAGAAGACACUCAGGUUUGUUAAAGGUCAUGCUAAUUAUAACCAGGGACACCGAGAGGCUAAUUAGAGACCUUACGAUGUGGGACGGCAACGUGACGACGACGGCUAUUCAUACAAUGAGAUUCAGAAUUUUUAAGAAAAAAAAUGAAUAAUUAAUAUCCUACAGGAGUUUGAGACGUCAUGCAUGGUCUGUUUACAACGGGAAACUACAGACCUUUACGUCUUGGAUACAACGCCUGCAUUUCAAGACGCGAGAAGUGAUACUUGCGGCAAAUUAGCUCAGUACCACAGUGAAACUUUCUAAACAGUGAAGCCACUAUUUCAAGCUAACCAAACAAUUUUAAAUCGAUACGAUCAAUAAUAGUCUAUAAAUUUCUUUACAACCGCUAAUGAUUUUAUUCUGGCCGUCGUCGUUGCGUUGCCGUUCUAUACAUCGUAAGGUCUCUAUUGUAAAACGGGAGAAGCGGUGUUUUACAAUAUAUAUUUAACAAUUAUACCAUGUCCAUGAGCUCGAGUCGUAUAUGAGCUGAUAGCCGACGAGGUGCAUAGCACCGAGUCGGCUAUCAGCCAUAUACGACGAGAGCGAAUGGUAUAAUUGUUUUAUAAUAUAGUCUGAUAGCCAUUAACUGAAGCAAUUAAUUAUCCUCUGUUACAAUGUCUUGACAAUUUGUUCGGCCAAAAACCGCUUGGCCUUGAAAAUUUGAAAUAUUUUUAUUUUACAACUUGAAGACGAAGUGAAAGAAAUGGUUUUAGAACUGGUAUAUCUCACAGAAAAGCUCAGAUAUAUUAUACAGAUGUUUGGUAGUAUAGUAAGUGCUUGUUGACUGCAAAUUCAUUUGUCUUUCGUUGCAAACUUUUCUGAAAAAAUUAUAUUCUCAAUGAACAUGUUUUUUUCGCUGUUGUUUUCGACGGUAUUAAUUCUUUACUAAAAAACUUGUAUUCAAACUAAUUUCUAUGUAAUAAAUAUAUUUUGCUAACCUGUCAAAUUUUUUUUGAGAGUUUUUCCUUGUGCUAUUAUCAAAGCGAAUAUUUUCCUUUUUUCUGCUUCGCAAAACUCAUGGGGCCGGUUGUUCAAAGCUGGAUUAGCUUAACCCUAGGUUAACCUAAAAUUCAAAGCAAACUUCAUGACAGCUUAUCUAUAAAUUUGGAAAUAUUUCUUCAGAGAUCUUGUCUGGAUCGAUAGGAGUUUACUUCACUGAAGUUUUGAAAUAAACAGACGUGCAGAAACACGCAAACUAAAACAGCAGGUUAAAUUUUAACCCAGGGUUAGCGCUAACCCACCUUUGAAUAACCGGCCCAUGUAGUUUUUGGACCGCCAUCUUGUUUUUCGCUACUCACCGUAUAUCAGUGAACUCUAUACAUGGAAGGCUGACUUCAGUCAUUGACGUAAUCAAAAAGUGAAGCCAAAGAUGGCGGAUUUUGAAGCCAUUCUUGCGCGUCAUUCUCAGUCCCCUUACCCGCGCGGCCAAACAAUUUUUGUAUUUUCAUGGCGGGAAGGAUCAGGCAAAUAUUAGCACGUUUCACCGCCCGUGUUUUACUACGCCCUGCGGGAAGUGAUGGGUCCGCGACUCUCGGGUUGUGUUUUUCUUCAUUUUAGAAGAGCAAAAAAGGAAAUAAACUUUAUUUAUUUCAUGUAAACCUGAUUUCCUUCAUCUAAUCGAUCUGUCUACUUUUUGCAUUUUCUACUAUCUGCAUUUUCCCACUGUAUGUGUGAGUAAAUCUGUAUUUUUCGUUGCGAAUUCAACAACUAGUUUCAAACUUUUUUUGUUUUUUUUUAUAUAAAAUCUGUAUUUUUAUAAAUUGGGAAUUUAUUUUUGCUUUGGUUGUUUUGUUUUCUUGUUUCUAUGGUGCUUUUCAGUUUUCACACCAUUAUUUAGCUUAUUUUAGUCCGUUUUCCUGACCUAAAACUGCUUUUUAACUGCAGUUUUCGAGGCAGUUUUUAGCCAAUUUAAUUCCAUACAUGUAAGAAAAUUUUGGGUUUUUUAUUUUUUAUUUAAUAAAAUCACUUUGAUGAUUGCCUUUUAAACUUAAACUGUUCAUUUUAAUGAGUUAUUUAUGUGUGUGAAACCCUUGUCGAUAGGGGCAAUAGAGAUAUUUUGAAAGAUUGAGUGACAUUUGUGUUUUGUUUUGUCACUCUUUGUCAUUUACAAAAACAGCAAUCCCGCGCUAUUUUGCUUUCUUUCCACUCAAAUAUCGCAUCUUUUAAAUAAAUAAUAAUCAAAAUUUAGAACUGAACCCAAACAAAACACUAGAAUUCAACUUUUCAUUCAAAUUUCGUAUGUUUUUCACCAAAUUUUUGCUCGGAGGAGGCAUCGAGUUUAAAAAUUGGGAACGCAGCUAAUGGGGGGUAAAUUCAAGUCCCGGAUAUAAAAUCGUGCUCUCAUUGGCUGAUUUGAAACUCGUGACCAAUGGGAACACAAAUACACAUCCGGGACUUGAAUUUGCCCCCCAAUAGUCGCGUUCCCUUUUUUUUACUGAAUUAAGAUUACAAUGCCUCCUCUAGUGUUAUUUAUAAUCUCUAUGCUCGAGUCAGCCUUCCAUGUUAUAUAGUUCAGUGCUGUAUAUGAGCUGUUAUUAUACACUCACGCGCGCACUUAACCAAUCAGUAAUCGUUGAGAGGGUCACGUGCCGAUCCAAUAUUUUACGAUAUUGGACAGGAACCUAUUGGACAGUUGCGAAUUGUGGCUUUUUUCAUGGUUUUUCAACCCUUUUCAGAUGUUUUGUCAAUUUCAAACGUACGACAAACGAUAUGGCAGAAUAAUGAAAAGAAUUAGGGACAUUAAUACAGUUUUUUCUACCAGUUUUGUUUAAAAUUAUAAAAGCGCGGGAAAAUUUGCCUUCGCGAAAUUUAUUUGUUUGCAACAGCCUAGAAGUUAGUAAUAUUAUUUUUUUCGUUAAAAUUAGGUCAAAUAUUUAGAUCUUUAAACAUACAUGGAAUUGAGUUUAUUUAUGCACACAUAUUUGUAAAAACAGGUUUAACUUUUUUUAGUUAUUUAAGCAAAUUCGCCGCCGAUAUAUGUAGUAACGUUGUCGUUGUAUUAGUCUCGCUGUAUUUACUUUAUAGCGUAUUGACAAUUUUGUUAUAGAAUUGUUUUGUUCGAUAUAAUAAAACUCCUAUUGGAUUCAUCUUCGCCCAUGAUGGACGAUUUUUCUCCUAUCCGAAUGAUUGUAGCAAGAAAAACUGAACCGUAAUUCAUCUUUUGAGUCUUAAAUUAUCUCUAAACUCGAUCAACACAUUAAAAUAGCCGUUUUUUGUUAUACCUGCCCGUCAACUGAAAUCCCAAAAUUACGUCAUUGCAAACCAAGAAUAUUAGGUUCAGUGCAUGAGACUCUGCGACGUUUGACGCGAGCCUAUGUAUUAUAACAAAGACAUGUGUAUAAUGAAAUGGAUUUGUUAUUUUUUAGGAAGAAGCGCUUAAAGCUUUCUUGAAAACUUCUCAGAAAUUACUAUCUGAGGCCAAGGAGGAUCUUGGUAUGAAUAUAAUUGAAGAAGUUUCUAACAACGUGAUGACAGGCAUUGGUGAUACACUUAAAGCAUCAUCAACGACUCAAACCAAUAUACGUGGAAGACAACAAAGAAAUGAAACUGUUCCUGCAGGAGAAACAAAAAAG